UGCUGCCUUGCUUGGCAAGAAGGGCAAACAGAGAGAGAGAGUUCUAUGUAGCUUGUGAGAUUGAGAGAGAGGACCAUUCAGAAAACCACCCCAAAGUCCCAGGGUCUUCAGUUUGCAGCUGUAAUUUUUUGCUUUUUUGAGUCGAAGCUACUAAUUAAUUGCAUCCGACAAUGUUCCUCACCAGGACUGAGUACGACAGAGGAGUCAACACAUUUUCUCCGGAAGGUCGAUUGUUUCAAGUUGAAUAUGCCAUUGAAGCUAUCAAACUGGGGUCAACUGCAAUUGGGUUGAAGACUAAAGAAGGGGUUGUUCUAGCCGUUGAGAAGCGUAUUACCUCUCCACUCCUGGAGCCUAGCAGCGUGGAGAAAAUUAUGGAGAUAGAUGAGCAUAUUGGUUGUGCAAUGAGUGGAUUAAUUGCUGAUGCUCGAACUCUGGUUGAACAUGCUCGAGUUGAAACACAGAAUCAUAGGUUCUCGUAUGGUGAGCCAAUGACUGUUGAAUCGACUACUCAAGCUCUGUGUGAUCUAGCCCUGCGAUUUGGUGAGGGGGAUGAAGAAUCUAUGUCUAGACCUUUCGGCGUAUCUCUUCUCAUUGCUGGUCAUGAUGAAAAUGGUCCCAGCUUGUAUUACACAGAUCCAUCGGGCACCUUCUGGCAGUGCAAUGCAAAGGCUAUUGGUUCUGGUUCUGAAGGUGCUGACAGCUCCUUGCAAGAGCAAUAUAACAAGGACCUGACUCUCCAAGAAGCUGAAACUAUUGCGCUUUCCAUACUCAAGCAAGUUAUGGAAGAAAAGGUGACCCCUAAUAAUGUUGACAUUGCAAAGGUUGCACCAACCUACCAUCUCUACACCCCAGCUGAGGUUGAGGCUGUCAUUACCCGCCUAUGAGAAGGGAGCCACUUCAAGCAGUUUCUUGGUUGUUUUGCAGUUCUUUAGUGCUUGCAUUUCACAUGUGAUGAUGUUAUUGGAUUAGUAUUUUUUUUCUAAUGGUCCUCUUUUACAUGGCCUCAAUCAGAAACUGCUGCUUGAGUGUGUUAUGCCUUACCAGUCAGUCUAAUGGCCCAAACCAUUUCCAUGAUUUGUAUCUCUUGGAAUUCCUGGUUACUAUAUUCGUACAUGUCCUCUUUGGUUUUCAUGGUUUCUAUACAAAAAUAUUGGUACGCUCGUUGAGGGGCUUUAUUAUUA